AUGGAACAAUCACAUAGGUCCCAUCAUAAGCCUUCGGCAGGUAACAAGCAUGCUAAGAAAGAUGCUGCCAAGGGGGUGGACAGAACAGGUGGGAAGGGGUUCAAUCCCAAGGCCUUCACGAACACCUCUUUCAGGGCUGCUGAUCGAGCAGCAAGGAGAACAGCAGAGAAAGAUCAAAGGCGAUUACAUGUCCCGCUCGUCAACCGUAAUCCAGAAGAGAGGAAGGUGACCUCAGCAAAAGGUCAAGGUAUGGAUGAAGGUAAAUUACCACCACCACCUAUCGUCGUCGGUAUAGUAGGUCCACCAGGUGUAGGUAAAUCGACUUUACUUCGAUCACUCGUAAGGAGAUAUACCAAACACAACCUCAAUCAACCCCAGGGUCCGAUCACAGUGGUAUCGGGUAAAACGAGGAGAAUCACUUUUAUAGAAUGUGGGAAUGAUUUGAACUCUAUGAUCGAUCUGGGUAAAGUGGUGGAUCUGGAAACUUUUGAAUUUCUAAAUAUCCUUCAAUCACACGGUUUCCCCAAAGUCAUUGGUCUCCUUACACAUCUCGAUUUAAUCAAAAAAGCAUCUACCCUUAAAGAUACCAAGAAACGUCUCAAACAUCGAUUCUGGACGGAGAUUUAUCAAGGAGCUAAGCUAUUCUCUCUAUCGGGAGUGAUGAAUGGUCGUUAUCCCGAUGCCGAAAUCAACCUCUUAUCGAGGUUCAUCAGUGUAAUGAAAUUUAGACCAUUGGUAUUCCGUAAUCAACAUCCAUACCUCCUGGCAGAUAGAAUCCAAGAUAUGACACCUCGAGAACUCAUUCGUGAAAAUCCAAAGAUUGAUCGAACGAUUACGCUAUAUGGAUAUUUGAGAGGACCUAAUUUACCUCCUCGACACGCCAAGAUACAUAUACCCGGUGCGGGAGAUUUGGAAGUAAAGAACGUUGAGAGAUUAUCGGAUCCAUGUCCUCUACCUACGCUUGAGAGUGAGAGAAGGAGGAAAAUGGGUGAAAAAGCAAAACUCAUUCAUGCGCCCAUGAGUGACGUAGGAGGAGUGAUGUACGAUAAAGACGCAGUGUACAUAAAUGUACCCGGAAGUUUCACCAAAGGAGGUGAUGCUCCCCAGGGUGAAGGUGAAAAGAUGGUAAUGGAUCUACAAGAUGCCAAUCGAACUUUUGCCGAUGGUAUACAAAAUUCGGAAAUCCGAUUGUUCGGCCAUUCAUCUGCGCCUCUCGAAGUCAGCCAACAGCAGAGAGUAAGAAGAGCUGCUGCACCUCGAUCGGGUGGUCCGAUGCUUGGUAGUGCCGAAGACGAAGAGUACGAUAGCGAUGAGGACGGAGAAGAUUUCGAGGAUGAAGAUGGAGAAGGUAUGGUUGAUGGAUUGGAUGAUGAAUCGGAGGAAGAAGAAGGAGAUGUCAGAUAUGCUGAGUCGGAUUCAGAUAAUGAUGAUCUUGAGUUUGCCACUGGGUUCGAGCAGGAUGGUAAAAUCGUUAACAUCGAUGAUGAAGAUGUCGAUGGAGAAGAGAACGAUGAUAUCGAAGACGAUGACGAAGAGGAAGACGAUGAAGACGUACCUCAAUGGAAACGAAAUCUGUCCGACCGAGCAGCUACUUCCUUCGCAGAACGAAUGGGCAAGAGGCGAGAUCUCAUGUCAUUGAUCUAUAAUUCGGAAUUAUCUCCUGAAGAGAUCGCUGCUGGAAAGACUAGACCCUCAUCAGCCGAUGCGGAAUCUUCGCGUAUGGCUCAAGGCGAUGAUCUCUUCCAGAUCUCCAGAGAAGAAAACAAAGGAGAUGAAGGCGAUCAGCUCAAAGUACCGGUAGACGAUGAAGCACUGAAAGCUAAAUGGGAUGAUGAGGAAAUGUUGAAUUCACUCAAGGAGAUGUUCAUCUCAGGACCAGUAGGAGAAGUGGAUGCGGAAGGCAAUCCAUAUGAAGAAGAUGGUGAAGGGUUCGAAGAUUUAGAAGAUGGGGAUGAUGACGAAGAAAAUGGAGAUGGUGUACCAUACGUCGGAGUCAAACCUUCCGCAGCGGAUUCGGGAUUAGAUCACGAGACUGCUCGAGCUCAAGCAGCAGCGAAGAAGCAGGCUGCUUUGAAAGCCAAGUUUGACGAGCAGUACGAUAAUGAUUCGGAUGAAGAUGGAGAUAAGAUGGAUUUCUACGAUCAACAGAAGAACGAAAUGGCCAAACAACGUCAACUGAACGAAGAUGAAUUCCAAGGAAUCGAUAUCGACGCACGAGCUCAAAUCGAGGGAUAUCGAUCGGGAAUGUAUGUGAGAUUAGAAAUCACCGAGGUACCUUGUGAGAUGAUCGAGCAUUUCGAUCCGAGAUUCCCUAUAAUCGUCGGUGGACUUUUAGCUGCAGAAGAGCGAUUUGGCUAUUUGACAGUCCGAAUCAAACGACAUAGAUGGUUCACUCGUACGCUCAAAACCAACAACCCAAUCAUAUUCUCCCUGGGAUGGAGGCGGUUCCAAUCAUUGCCGAUAUAUCAUUUAGACGAUCAUUCAAUUCGAAAUCGUCUUUUGAAGUAUACUCCAGAACAUAUGCAUUGUUACGCAACGUUCUAUGGACCUGUCUCAGCGCCUAACACAGGUUUCUGCGCUUUCAAUUCCCUGACAGACGAUUCACCUGGAUUUAGAGUAUCGGCAACAGGAGUGGUAUUGGAUAUUGAUCGAUCGACAAAAAUAGUUAAGAAAUUGAAAUUGACCGGUACACCGUAUAAGAUAUUUAAAAAUACCGCGUUUAUCAAAGAUAUGUUCAAUUCUGCUUUGGAAGUUGCCAAGUUCGAGGGAGCGAAUAUCAAGACUGUUUCUGGAAUUAGAGGUCAGGUCAAAAAGGCUCAGAGUAAACCUGAUGGUGCUUUUAGAGCUACUUUCGAGGAUAAGAUCUUAAUGAGGGAUAUUGUCUUCCUCAGAGCAUGGUACUCUAUUGAGCCUAAGAAACUGUACAACCCUGUUUGUUCUUUAUUGCUUGCGGAUAAAGGUGAUUGGAGAGGUAUGAGGUUGACAGGUCAGAUAAGACGGGAUGAAGGUAUAAAGACUCCCUUGGAUAUCAACUCAGCUUAUAAGCCUAUUGAACGUACUACCAGACGAUUCAAUACCCUCAAAGUGCCUCGAAAACUCGAAGCGUCCCUACCCUAUGCCUCAAAGACCAAAGCGGUCGCACCUCAGAAGAAACCUACCUACCUCCAAUCGAGAGCGGUAAUAAUGACUGAUGAAGAGAAGAAGGCAGUGACGCUCUUACAGCAGAUCCAAACGUUGAAGAAGGAUAAGGUGGCAAGACGUAAAGAGAAGCAAGAAGAAAGGAGAAAGGAGCAUCGAAAGAAGGUUGGAGUGGUGGAUGAGAAGUUGCAAGCGAAAUUGAAAGAGGAGAAGAAAGAGAGGUUUAAGAUGGAGGGGUUGAAAAGGAAGAGGGAGGAGGCUGCUGCUGAGGGGAAAUAUGGUAAGAAGAGGACUAGGGAUUAG